GAUUCGACACAUUUCUUGACAAUGCGUGUUAGCUGCCUCUUCUUACUCGUGACCACUCUCCUCAUUGCCGCACCUAAUGCUGUGGACUCCAUCAACGACUCUGUUACCAGUAGACGCUUAAGACAGCACCCAGACGACGAACAAAGAACGAUUUCGAAAUUCGUCAGAAAUAUCAAGGACUUGCCAGCUAAUUGGAAUCGGGCGAAAGCGGAGAAGUUGGUGAAGAGAGACGUCUCCUUUGACACGCUGUACAAGAAGACCAAGAUUCACCCGAACAUUCUGUACCAAAUUAUGGGACUCCAGGAAUUGUCGAAUAAGGCUCGGCUCACAAAGACCUUAAAUCCCUUCAUCAAAGCGCAGUUCAAGAAGCACAAAGCAUACGAGAACCGUUGGAUUAAGGAGAAUGGCCCGUUGCACAAGUAGGUCGGUCCAUUGAUUUUGGCUUCAUCAUAGCAAACACGUUUUCCUUCUCUUUCUCCA